AGCUGAUUAACGACGAUUACAACUCGGUAUAUAAUUAUUUUUAAUAGGAUAAAAGUUGAUUAAACUGAAAACACGUAACAUCAACCUCAAUUUUUGAUCGAUUAAAACAAAAUGGCCGCCACUACUUCAUCGACAAAACCAUCGAGUCCAAAGCAGCAGCAAGCGGAAGAAGAUGAAGAGGACACGUUCGGCGAUCUGAUUGGAUGUCAACCUCUGUUGCGUCAUCAACACCAUCAGCGCUACAUCACUCACAGAAAUUCUUUGCACAUCCCUACAUCUCCACUGACGCUCUCCUCAAAUAUCAGCAACAGCGGAAGUGCGUCUGCAACAGCUGGUCGCCAGCUUUUGGGAAUUCCGGAAAAGUAUGACCGGAAGUUGAGGAGGCUCUCCGACCCAGGAGGUGGGAUUUUACUGAAAGGAGAUGUCGAAUCGAAACUACGAAGUCCCAGCGGCAAGCUCUGCGAUCCUCGCCUCGAAGCCAUCAGAUCACUCUCGCCCUCAAAAGCGUCGCAGGCAGCGGGGGAGGAGGGUGAGGCCCUAACCCCUCCUCCCCCGGUCCUCUUCGCUUGCAGGUCAUCAAGAUCGAAGUCCGUCUUCCAACUGCCCGGUGGGAUGUUUCUGAGUGGGGCCAGUGCAAUGGGAGGUGCUGCCGGGUACUCUACUGGUGCGUCGGGGAUGGGCGUUUCAGGUGCGGAGAGUUUUGGAGGAUCUGGUUACGGAAAAGUUGUUGGCGGAAGAAAUAGGUCAACCAGACCAGAUAGCCCCACCCCUCCAACAUUUUUCGACCAAUCAACUUUCACCAAACCAUCAAAACAGUUUUACCCGAAGCCGACGCCAAUCUAUUCACCAAUCAGCGUUGCAUCUACCAUAUUUAGCAGCACAAGCACCACAAAAACCAGCCCACCACUACCACCACCGACAACAUCAUCACCACAAAGUCUCUCACCAACUGCUCCGCCAUCUUUGAAGCUCACUCCGCCACCGGAAACGGAAAUACUACCAUCUUGUGAUGAGCUGACGUCACCGUCGUACCACUUUCGGCGAAGAAGAAGCAUAUCGCUGGAGGGAACAAAGUUGGAAGCCAUAUUGGAAGAAAACUCUAAAUCGUCAGCCGCAACAAGUGGCGGAAGUGGUAGAAAGAUGUCACUCCCGGAUUUUGAAAAUCAGUGA